AUGUCGACGGCUCUCAGCGCGGUAUGUCCCCUUUUAUUCCUCACGGCGCCCCCCCAAGAGACCGUUGCUGCGGCCCAUACUUUCACGAGUUCUUGGGCUUUGAAAAAAAAAAAAUCCAAUCAAGCUAACAUCAGCCCCCUCCGCGGGCAGAUUAAGAUCCGCCGCAAGAAGAAUGUCAAGAGAGGAAUUCAGUUCUGUCUGAUGGUGUGCGGUGCUGGUGGCACAGGCCGCACCACAUUCGUGAACACUCUCUGCGGCAAGAAGGUGCUGGAGAACCCCUGGGAUGCCGACGAUCCUGCCAACGCUCACCUGGAGGAAGGUGUCCGCAUCAAGCCUGUCACCACUGAGCUCGAACUUGAUGAGGAGGGCCCCAGAAUCUCAUUGACCAUUGUUGAUACCCCCGGGUUCGGUGAUCAGAUUGACAACGAGGCCAGGCAUGUCCCCUGGAACAACUCCUCCGGCUCCUCCUUCGGUGAAAUUGUUGGCUACGUCGAGCGCCAAUACGAUGACCUCGUGGCGGAAGAAUCGCGAAUCAAGCGUAACCCCCGCUUCAGGGACAACCGUGUCCAUGCUAUGCUCUACUUUAUCACCCCCACUGGCCACGGCCUCCGCGAACUCGACAUCGAAUUGAUGAAGCGCCUGUCUCCUCGUGUGAACGUCAUCCCCGUUAUUGGAAAGGCCGAUUCCCUCACCCCCGCAGAAUUGGCCGAGUCAAAGAAGUUGAUCAUGGAGGACAUCGAACACUACCGUAUCCCUGUCUAUAACUUCCCUUAUGACGUCGAGGAAGAUGACGAGGACACCGUGGAGGAGAACGCAGAGCUGCGCGGUUUGAUGCCUUUUGCCAUCGUCGGCUCUGACGACUUCGUUGAAAUUGAUGACCGAAAAGUCCGUGCCCGACAGUACCCAUGGGGUGUGGUUGAGGUCGAGAACCCCCGACACUCCGACUUCCUUGCCAUCCGCAGUGCUCUUCUCCACAGCCACUUGUCUGAUCUGAAGGAGAUUACACACGACUUUCUUUACGAAAAUUACCGUACUGAGAAGCUCAGCAAGAGUGUGGACGGUGCUUCUCAGUAUAUGCAAUAUCGCGCAAGUUUUAAGCGCAGUACUAACAUAAAUCACAGAGCUCCAGACUCUACCAUGAACCCCGAGGAACUUGCUUCCCAAUCCGUGCGCCUGAAGGAGGAGCAGCUACGCCGCGAGGAAGAGAAGCUGCGCGAGAUCGAGAUGAAGGUACAGCGCGAAAUUGCCGAGAAGCGACAGGAAUUGUUGGCCCGCGAGAGCCAGCUCCGGGAGAUCGAGGCACGCAUGGCUCGCGAAAGUCAGAGCAAUGUCAGCGAGGCUGCUACUGGAGAUAUCUAA